CGAGCGCGCGGAGCGGCCGGGGCCGGGGCGCGGAUGCUGGAAGUUCACAUCCCGUCGGUGGGGCCUGAGGCCGAGGGGCCCAGGCAGAGCCCGGAGAAAGGCCACAUGGUGUUCCAAGUGGAGGUGCUGUGCAGCGGGCGCAGACACACGGUGCCGAGGCGCUACAGCGAGUUCCACGCGCUGCACAAGCGGAUCAAGAAGCUGUACAAAGUGCCCGACUUCCCCUCGAAACGCCUGCCCAACUGGAGGACCAGAGGGUUGGAACAGCGCCGGCAGGGCUUGGAGGCCUACAUCCAGGGCAUCCUGUACCUGAACCAGGAGGUGCCCAAGGAGUUACUGGAAUUCCUGAGACUUCGGCACUUCCCCACAGAUCCCAAGGCUAGCAACUGGGGCGCCCUGGGGGAGUUCCUGCCUGGCGAGAGCAGCUCCCAGCAGCACCAGCGGCCUGUCCUGAGCUUCCAUAUGGAUCCCUAUGUUUGCACCCCCUCCCCAGAGCUGCUGCCCAAUGUGGUGGUGAAUGGUGUGCUCCAGGGCCUCUACAGCUUCAGCAUCAGCCCAGAUAAAGCCCAGCCAAAGGCGGCCUGUCACCCUGCUCCUCUGCCACCGAUGCCCUGAUCAGUCCAGAGGCCUUUGGCUGCCGCCUAAGAAAGUCAUGUGCCUCUGUCCUAUGAACUCCAUAUAAGGCUAGGUCCUCCCUUGGCCUGGACCCAGGACUUAACUACCCAGUGUCCAGUUGUGCUACAUUCCCACUCAAGGCUCAGAACUUGGCUUGCAUUGGUAGCUGGAGGUAGUAGAAUCUGCAUGCUCUUAGAGCCCAAGAACCAAGGCAGGGUCAAGAAGGUAAGUAAUAAAGGAAGAAGUCAGCCAGGCGCGGUGGCUCACGCCGGUAAUCCCAGCACUUUGGGGGCCAAGGUGGGUGGAUCACCUGA